AUGCGACUCUUCAUCACUGUUGUCUCCAAGAAUCCACCCCAAAUCCAUCUUCUUCCUUCCAGAAAAGAAGGGUUAUCCAUGGCGAGAGAGAAGAUAAAAAUAAGAAAGAUCGAUAAUAUAACUGCAAGGCAGGUGACUUUUUCCAAAAGAAGAAGAGGGCUUCUGAAGAAAGCUGAAGAACUUGCGGUACUUUGUGACGCCGACGUCGCUUUGGUCAUCUUCUCCGCCACCGGAAAACUGUUUGAGUAUGCUAGUUCCAGUAUGCAAGAGUUACUCGGGAAAUAUAAACUCCACUGGACUAAUAACGUCAAUAAAGUUGACGCACCUUCUCUCAAUCUACAGCUCCUGGAAAGCGAAGAAUCAAGGAUGAGCAAAGAGGUACUUGACAAGAAUCGAGAAUUGAGCCACCUACGUGGCGAGGACCUUAAUGGGUUAACUCUAGAGGAACUUAAACGUUUGGAGAGCUUGCUUGAAGGAGGCCUCAACCGUGUGCUCCGGACAAAGGAUGAACGGAUUGCAAACGAGAUAGCAAGUCUUCAACAAAAGGGUUUUCAGUUGAUGGAAGAGAACAAGCUCUUGAAACAAAAAAUGAUGAGUUUGACUUCGGUAGGCAAGAGGCCACGGACAACGGCUGCCGAGUUGGACAAUAUUGUAACUAACCCUGAAGAUCAAGUGCAGUCAUCGGAAUCUGUUGCUACCAACGUAUACAGUUGCAACAGUGGACCUCCUCCUGAUCAGGAUGAUUGGUCUGAUACAUCGCUUAAACUAGCGUUACCCUUUAAUUGA